AUGGGCGACAAGUCGUGCUACAUGGGUGCUGGUGGCUACUCGGGCUACAUGGGAUCAGGAACUCAAGGAUCAGGAUAUGCUAGAGAAGAAUACGCAGGGAACAUUGGUAGCGGUGGAGGUGGUGGAUAUAGCAGUGGCGGUGGCGGAUAUAGCAGUGGCGGUGGUGGUGGCGGUGGCGGAUAUAGCAGUGGCGGUGGCGGAUAUAGCAGCGGCGGUGGCGGAUACAGUAGCGGUGGAGGAGGAGGAGGAGGUCAAGACCAACAAAAACAAAGCGGAUAUGCCGGAAAUGUAGGCGGAUCCGAAAAUCAGGCGUCUUGCUACUUCGCGCCCAAGUGA